UCAUUCUCUUUGAGUGCAUUCAAUUCUUCAAUGAAGGUGGAGAAGAUGAAGAUAAAAAGACUUAGAACCCGUUGCUUUCGUGUUCUAUGCUCUUCUGAGCGCUCCAGUUUCGAAGAUAAUGCUGAUAAUGGGGGGUCUGAUACUUCUUUUUUGGUUGUUUUGUUCUGCUAAGAAAACUUCAAAGGGUAGAUUUUUGUGCGGACAAUAUUGACUUUUUUCUUAACCCAAAAAAUAUUGUAGUUUCUAGAGGACGAGGGAAUGUGGAUAACUUAUCUCUUAUAGAGAGGAAAAUAGAAGAAUUACCUUGGGGAAAAAGAAAUUUUGUAAGUUGAUGAAAUAUUUUACAGUGACCGAUUUCAGUCAAAAAAAAUUGUGGAUAAGUUAUCUGUGACAAGAAGAAAGUGAUUAUGGAGAAAUUUUUUCCGGGUUAACUUGAUUAUUAAACCAAACUUUUGAAUUAGGGUCUGUUUCACUGUUACAACAAGCUAUCAUAGUACUAUUUUAUUUUCUUUCUUUCAGAGGUCAGGUUUCAUCGCGGGUGAUUUUGGUGGAGAGAUACAGCAAUGGUACUGCGAAGAGGUGAUGAUUCGCAGUUGCAAACCUUUCUUGUUGACGAUGGAAGGUCUACUAGGGCAAACAGGUUUCAGGAUUCCCAUUCCCUUGAUGAAAGACUAUUGUGGCUUCCAGACACAAUCAAAGAUUUUAUCCUACCAGCAGGCUUUCCAGGAUCAGUUUCAGAUGAUUACUUGGAUUACAUGUUACUACAGUUUCCUACCAAUGUGACUGGAUGGAUCUGUCACACCCUUGUGACUUCGAGUCUUCUAAAGGCUGUUGGUGUUGGCUCUUUCUCUGGAAGCACCGCGGCUGCUUCUGCUGCUGCCAUCAGAUGGGUCUCAAAGGAUGGUAUUGGAGCCGUUGGACGCUUAUUCAUUGGUGGGAGGUUUGGAAGUCUUUUUGAUGAUGAUCCCAAGCAAUGGAGAAUGUACGCAGACUUCAUUGGCAGUGCUGGAAGCAUUUUUGAUCUGACAACCCAACUAUAUCCUGGCUAUUUCCUUCCUUUGGCAUCUCUUGGAAAUCUUACCAAGGCUGUAGCAAGAGGACUAAAAGAUCCCUCUUUUCGCGUGAUUCAAAACCACUUUGCAAUUUCAGGAAAUCUAGGAGAAGUAGCAGCAAAGGAAGAAGUUUGGGAAGUGGUUGCUCAACUGGUUGGCCUUGCUUUAGGCAUUUUGAUUCUGGAUACACCUGGCCUUGUAAAAUCAUAUGGUGUACUUUCGUUAACUUGGUUGAGUAUGCGAGUUCUGCAUCUUUGGCUACGCUAUGAAUCACUUUCAGUUCUUCAGUUUAACACAAUAAAUCUAAAGCGAGCUCGCAUACUGGUAAAAUCAUACAUGUUACAUUCUACUGUUCCAGGAUGCACAGAUUGCAAUAGAGAAGAGAAUAUAUUAGCUUGGCCACAGUUCAUGAAGCCAAAAAUAAUUUUUGGCUUGCCAUUGGAGAAAAUGGACGGUGUGGAGAGAUCUCACUUUAUGGUGGAGGCACUUCUAAAGUUAUAUGCAAGUGAGAAAUAUAUUCUUAUGGUGAAUCAGAAACCAGAAGAUUUGAGGUUUUAUGUUUCUUUCAAGAUUGGAGCCACAAGUGUUUCCGUAUUACGAAGUGUGUGGCAGACUUUCUGGCUGAGUGAGAACUGGGAUAGUGAUGUUAAUAUUUGUGAUCAAAUUGCCAACAGCCUAUUGCAAUUGGAAGAAAAGUUUGAGGAUUUCAUUCAAAAGUUGAAAGAUGCAGAAUGGGAUACUCAGCAAUUAAAUUUGAAGGUUCCGAAAAACCUCUUUAUUGAUGAUAAUACCAAUCCCCUCUAAAUUCUACAGUGAUGAAGCUGAUGAGGUUUUAUAGUGCAAAAUUAUAUGACCAUCAUGAGGUCUUUCUUGAUAGUGGAGGCAUAAAUCAAAUUGUAAAUUCUGUAAGCAGUUUUGCAAGCAUUUAGAUCAAAUCAAGAUACUAUAUUCAGACGCAGACAUUCAACUAAGGGAGACAUUGUAUCAACUCAUUAAGUACCCAAUACUGUCUUUGAUACUUCAUAGGGAGGCUCCUGUUGUAAACCAUUUGUUCUCAAUUUUGUUUAAAAUCUUUCUUGUAUGCAAUUUUUGGGGACAAAUUUCAUUCAUGUUUGGUAUUCAUGACUUCUGUGGAUGUAUAAGUUAGGUUAAUCCUGCUAUCUUUAGUCUAAAGCAGUUCGUUAUUCUGUCUUCAUAAAAAGUUCAUUGGUUCACCUUUUGAGGGAGAAAUUAAUGCUGAUUUAAUCAAAUUAAUUGCCCUGUAUAAAGAUGAUAUGGAAAAUGAGGGUAUUGGGUUUUAAAGCCUAAAUUCAUGGUUGUCUUGUGUUACCAUUUUACCAAAUAUGCAAUGCCUUUAUCUGUGAGGUAACUUGUGGACUUAUCGUACUUUAUAGGUAAAGAACCAGAGAUUCUACUAUGUUUUCAAUGUUUGAAGUUAUUAUAUGCCAACUACAGCUCUUCAUAUUAAUUAAUUCCUUCCUUUCAAAGCCAAAUCCUUGUAGUUGACAACUUUUCUGGUUUGUGGUCAUUCACUAGGCAGUAGCAUUAAAGAGAAUUUGAUAUUAUGCACUUUCUGUACUGAACAAGUAUAAAGUAGCUAAUAUGGAAAUAUUCCUAAAUAGCUUCC